AAUGCCUUUAAAUUUGAAUUAAAUCGAUUAAACUUCUGCAUGUUCAAUGAAUCUAGUCACGAAGAAGAAAUCAAUCUUCUUCAAUAACACCAGACGAUAAAUCUUAGGUAAACAAUCGAUUCAAUAUGAGAUCGUUAAAGAUGGCGGACCGCGGUGGCAGCGAUUUGUCGCCGCGGCCUCACUACCCCUCCAUGCCAAAGAUUCCGAAGGGUGUGGUGACGGAAGAGACCACUAUGGUGGUGGGCACCGAGUCCAAGGCCGUGUUCUCAGUCAUCGGCAUGACCUGCUCCGCCUGCGCGGGAUCGGUAGAGAAGGCUGUGAAGAGGCUACCCGGGAUUCGCGAGGCGGUGGUCGACGUGCUCAACAACCGUGCCCAAGUCAUGUUCUUCCCCAAUUUCGUUAACGCAGAGACUAUCCGUGAGACUAUUGAAGAUGUUGGAUUUCAAGCAACAUUGAUUGCUGAUGAGGGAAACGAGAAGCCCACGUUGGUGUGCAGAAUAAGGAUCAAAGGAAUGACUUGCACUUCUUGCUCUUCCACUGUUGAAUCAGCUUUGCAGGCAGUUCAUGGUGUACAAAAAGCCCAAGUUGCCUUAGCAACUGAAGAAGCAGAUGUCCACUAUGAUCCAAAGAUAGUGAGCUGCAAUCAGCUGAUGGUAGCCAUUGAAGACACUGGAUUCGAAGCCAUACUUAUUAAUUCAGGUGAAGACAUGAGCAAGAUAGAUCUUAAAGUUGACGGUGUAAGGACCAAUCAUUCAAUGAGAAUACUUGAACAGUCUCUUCAAGCACUCCCUGGGGUGCAAGGUGUAGACAUACAUCAUGAUGACAGAAAAAUUUCCCUGUCUUACAAGCCAGAUAUGACAGGGCCCCGAAAUUUCAUCAAUGUGAUUGAAACAACUGGAUCCAGGCGUUUCAGGGCAAAAAUUUAUCCAGGCGGUGGAGCAGGAAGAGAAAAUCAUAGGAAGGAGGAAAUUCAGCAGUACUACAGAGUCUUUCUCUGGAGUUUGAUUUUCACCAUUCCAGUAUUUUUAACCUCCAUGGUCUUCAUGUACAUCCCUGGACUUAAGCCUGGCUUAGACAAGAAAGUAGUAAAUAUGCUCAGCAUUGGGGAGCUUGUAAGGUGGAUUCUGUCUACUCCGGUGCAGUUCAUCAUAGGCCGGAGGUUCUAUACUGGGGCAUACAAGUCAUUGCGCCAUGGUUCUGCUAAUAUGGAUGUGUUAAUUGCCUUGGGAACAAAUGCAGCAUAUUUCUAUUCAGUCUACUCCGUACUGAGAGCUGCCACCUCCCCACAUUUUAAGGGUACAGAUUUCUUUGAGACUAGUGCAAUGCUAAUCUCAUUCAUUCUCUUAGGGAAGUACCUAGAGGUGUUAGCUAAGGGGAAGACAUCUGAUGCUAUUGCCAAACUGAUGGAUUUGGCACCUGAAACAGCCACUUUGUUGACUCUAGACGAAGAAGGAAACAUUUUAGGUGAAGAAGAAAUUGAUGGUCGGUUGAUACAAAAGAACGAUGUCAUCAAAAUUAUUCCAGGGGCGAAGGUAGCUUCGGAUGGUUAUGUGAUAUGGGGACAAAGCCAUGUAAAUGAGAGUAUGAUAACAGGAGAAGCGCGUCCAGUGGCAAAAAGGAAGGGUGAUACAGUCAUUGGAGGUACUGUAAAUGAAAAUGGUGUGUUGCAUAUCAAGGCAACACGGGUUGGAUCAGAAAGUUCCCUCGCGCAGAUUGUACGGCUUGUUGAGUCAGCUCAGAUGGCAAAAGCUCCUGUUCAGAAGUUUGCUGACCGCAUUUCUAAAUUCUUUGUGCCACUGGUGAUCAUGCUUUCAUUCUCUACCUGGCUUUCAUGGUUUUUGGCUGGAAAAUUCCAUGGCUACCCAAAAUCUUGGAUACCGAAGUCCAUGGAUAGCUUUCAGCUUGCUCUCCAGUUUGGGAUCUCUGUCAUGGUUAUUGCAUGCCCUUGUGCUCUAGGCCUAGCAACUCCUACUGCUGUCAUGGUUGGUACUGGAGUCGGUGCAUCCCAAGGUGUACUGAUCAAAGGAGGUCAAGCAUUAGAAAGUGCACAUAAGGUGGACUGCAUUGUGUUCGACAAGACAGGGACUCUUACAAUUGGGAAGCCACUGGUUGUUAACACACGACUCCUGAAAAAUAUGGUGCUUCAAGAAUUCUAUGAACUUGUUGCUGCAGCAGAGGUUAACAGUGAACACCCCUUGGCCAAGGCCAUUGUUGAGUAUGCCAAAAAAUUCAGAGAAGAUGAAGAGAAUCCAGCCGGGCCAGAAGCGCAUGACUUUGCCUCCAUUACUGGUCACGGGGUGAAGGCUAUUGUUCGGGGCAGGGAAAUAAUUGUGGGGAACAAGAGCUUGAUGGUGGACCAGAACAUUGCAGUUCCACUCGAUGCAGAAGACUACCUAGCAGAAGCUGAAGGGCUGGCUCAAACUGGAAUUCUAGUAGCCAUAGAUGGAGAAGUGGCCGGAGUUCUAGCAGUAUCUGAUCCACUGAAACCAGGUGCUCAAGAAGUAAUUACCAUACUCAAGUCAAUGAAUGUUAGAAGCAUAAUGGUGACAGGUGACAAUUGGGGAACUGCAAAUUCUAUUGCCAAUGAAGUUGGUAUUGAUACUGUUAUAGCCGAAUCGAAACCUGACCAGAAAGCAGAUAAAGUGAAGGAAUUGCAGGCUUCAGGCUACACUGUGGCGACGGUGGGAGAUGGCAUCAAUGACUCACCAGCACUUGUGGCGGCAGAUGUAGGAAUGGCAAUUGGUGCUGGCACUGACAUUGCAAUUGAGGCAGCAGACAUUGUGCUAAUGAAGAGCAACUUGGAGGAUGUGAUAACUGCCAUUGAUCUUUCAAGGAAAACCUUCACCCGUAUUCGUUUGAACUACAUUUGGGCUUUGGGAUAUAAUGUGCUUGGGAUCCCAAUAGCUGCAGGAGUUCUCUUCCCAUCCACUGGAUUUCGCUUACCCCCUUGGAUUGCUGGAGCUGCAAUGGCUGCUUCUUCUGUCAGUGUUGUUUGCUGUUCAUUGUUGUUGAAGAACUAUAAGAGACCCAAGGAGCUGAAUAACCUUGAGGUGCGUGGAAUAGUGAUCGAGUGAUCAAUAAUAGGCUUUUGGAUCUUGCGUUUGUAUGUAUCUAGGAAGUUCUUAGGUAGUGUUUUGGCCGAUGAAGCAAGUAUAUGUGCAGUAAUAUAACUAUAGACUGUUUGGUUUAAUUUACUUUUGUGUACGUGUGUUGUAUGAAUGUAGUUUUCACUAGAAAACACUGGAGUCACGGGGAUUCAUAAUCAAAAUAUCGAGUGGGCUAAACUUAUAUGUA